GUGAAGAAGUUGUUGCUGUCAGGAGGCGCCAAGUUCUUCAACUACCUCUCCGACAAUGUCACUCAUCUGAUUGGCGACAACUGCGACCACCCGUCCGUCUCCGAAGCCGUCGAGAUCUAUGAGACCACUGUUGUCACCAGUCGAUGGGUUUGGUUGUCGGCGAAGGCGUUGGCGCUCUUGCCAACGGCCGCCUUCUCGCCAUUCAAGACCCAACUGUUCUCCAACAUAACCGCCUGUCCGUCCAACAUAUCGGGAACUGACUGCCAGUCCUUGUGGGCAAUGAUUACAUAUUAUGGCGGGUCGUAUCGGCUGCAGAUGUCGUCCGACACGACUCACUUGAUAUCAACCAAACCCGAGGGCUUGAAGUACGAGAAGGCCGUCGAGACGAACGAAAAGAUCAAAAUAGUGACACCCGAUUGGGUCAUCGAUUCCGUCAAAAACAAGUCCCUCUGCGAUGAAGAUCUCUAUCACCCGAGACUUCUUAUAUUCAAUAACCAGUCCUCCAUCUCAGCCAAAGUGGAACUCACGGAUGUGUCCACACCAUCGACCACUAUCUCCACCACUUGUGUCAUGACUUCCAUCGCGCCGACAGCCAUCACAUCGCUCGCCAACACAUCGACUGCACCACAACUGGCGCUGAGAACUGUGUCACUGCCGACCACUGCGAUGAUCACGACGUUCUCGAUCGCACCGCCACUACAGGCCAGUCCGACGACAGUCCAGGGCGGACGGGUGCGCGUGUUUCUGCCGCCUCAACAUCAGGUGAGACUCAUGCAAAUGAAACAAAACCAAAUCAGACAACUGGGCGCUGGACAGCAACAGGUCGUCAACAUUCAGCAAAUGAUUCAACGACAGGCCCACCCCUUACACCAACAACAACCACAACCUCAGCAACAAUCCCAACAGCAAACGGAUCCCAAUUCCGGUGUCGAUCCCAAUCAACAGUGGACUCAAAACCAGCAAUUUAUGGCACAACUGCCGCAAACCGGUGCUCCUACUCCUCAACCCAUUCAAGUGAUAUCCCAGAGCGCACCCGAACUCACGAAACUGAGACCCAUUAACGCGACGGUCGGAAUGGGACAACAGCCCCGACAGGUGUAUCUCGCGGUACAACAGACCAGACCUCAACACUUCAUCCAAGUGUCACAACAGUCGCAACUUCAGCAGCAAAGACCCCAACCGAACAUAAUUAUACAGCAGAGAGGGCCCGGACCGGCCGGUGCCGUGCAAUCGGUGCGACUCCAACAGGCGCCCCAACACCUCAUUCAACUGCAACAGCGACAACCCAUUAGUCUGCAGUCGGGACCGUAUGUGAGGACUACUCAGCAAAUCAUAAUUCAACAGCAGAACCAACAGGCCAUCCAAAGACAACUUCAGUUACAGCAACAGCACCAACAACAAGGACUUCAGCCCAACCAACAGAUGCAACAACAGGGUCAGCCUCAACAGGGAAUCAUAGGUCACCCGCAGGUCCAGCAGAGAAUGACUGGACAGCGAAUACCUCAACAGUUUCUGCAACAAAAUCAAAUGAGGGGUCAACCCAUUGGUCAACCCAUUGGUCAACCCAUUCGCGGCCCAAUAGCCGCGCAGCAAAUAAUCUCGAGUGCAAUACCUACGGGUCAGCCCCGGGUCUUCAGAGCUCAAACGCAAUACGCUAUUCAGGGACAACAACAGCAACCAUACGAUCCUCAACUCCAACAACAGCCACCGCCUCAGCAGUACAUCAGAGGACAGGCGCCACCACCUGUAGGUCAGGUUCAGUUCAUACGCGGCCCUCAAUGGGCUCCGGGACCCCCUCCAGACCAGUCACAGCUUCCACAACAGCAACACUUGACGCCUAUGAGACCGCAACACAUUCUGGUCACACAGUCAGCACAGGGACCCCAACCCACACAACAACAGGUGUUUCAAUGGCAACAACAGGAGAUCCAGAGGCGACAACUGCAACAACAACAGAGUCAACAACGGUUCCAAUUGUCGGCGCCGGGCGUCACACCCGAUAAGGUUAGGCCAACUGUGUCUGUCGUAAGUGUUAGCUCUACGGCCAACACAGAUAGUGGUGCGUCAGUCGCGGUGGCGACUCCCGGCUCAACCGUUCGCACACCGCAAACACCGCAAACCAUUAGUCCUAAUGUAGUCGCCCUCUCGAACAGCCAAACCAUACCUCCAAAUGCCAGUACAGUCUCUGUGUCAGCACAAGUAAGCCCCGUAAGCACUGCCAACACCACCACAACACCGAACACUACUGUCACUUCUCCUGUAGUUAACCCUAAGACUAAGACAGCCUUAGCUAACCUCCUGAAUAACCGACUCCAGAGCGGCAAUAAUACCGGUCUGGCCCGGGGUGGUGACGGCUCCACCACUACUACUUCCACUACUUCUAGCGACGUCUUUCCUCCUAAUGUCUCGGUUGCGGGUUCUCUAUCUCUUUCCUCUACUACUUCUCUGCCAAAUAAGACAGGUCUCGGGUGUAUCGGAUCUCCCGGUGCGGCGAUCCCUGAUAUGGGUCAACACUUACGGCCGGACGACUCGCAUCACCCCAAUCACCAGCAGUUAAUGCAAAUCAGAUUUUUCGGCUUCGAUCCCAAACUCCAAAUCCCUGCCUACCAGUGCCUAUUGGGCUGUGUUUUCCAUUUGUUUGGUUUCGAGAAUCUGGUCGAUCAGAAACUGAUAGAUUUGUGGACAAAUAAGUUGAUCAAAAUGGGCGCAGAGGUGGACAAUACGUACAACAGUGCCAAAUGCACUCAUGUCUUGUGCGACAACACUCACCACCCAUUCAUCAAAGAGUGCUUACGGGAGGGAAAGCGUUGUGUUUCCGUCUUUUGGCUCAACGAUGUUCUGAAGGCUAAGAAGAUGUUACCGCCGAUGAAGAUCUAUCAUUUGCCGCAUGCCUUCAAUGACAACAAGCCCUGCAAACAACAUAUCAUAACAAUGACUAACUUCGAAGGCGAGGAACGGAUCAGAGUUAAGGAAAUGAUUCUGAGAACUGGCGCUAAAUAUACAUCUUAUUUGACGCAAAAGAAUACGAUUAUUGUUUGCAAACGACUCGAUGGCGAGAAAUAUCGCAAAUCUGUUGAAUGGAGGCUCGCGAUCGUCAACACUGUUUGGUUACACGACGUGCUCUUCGGCCAAAUGGAAGCCUUGCAGUUGUCCAGCAUUCACAAGAAGUACCAGAACUUCGAUCUCAAAGACCCCUUCCGUAUAGAGUACACAACGGUUCCACACCUCAUGAACCCCUGGAGACAACCCAUUAGACUCGCAGACGAUUACGUCAAGAAGGAGUCCGUAUCGAACAACUCGUUGCCAACCAAUAGCUUAUUGCCGACACUCCAGACGCCGAACCCCGAAGUGGUUAAGAAUAUUCGAGUCAUGUUUACGUCGAUUAAGGACAACAAUCGGCAAGAGUUGCGGCAAAUGGUGUUAGCACUGGGAGGACGGCUAACCAACGCGAGCGCUGAUGUCACGCAUUUAGUCACCGAUAAGAUCGCGCGAACCGUCAAAUUCUUGUGUGCAUUCGGUUCGUGCAAAUUCAUAGUCACCUCCGAGUGGGUCAUCCAAUCGGCUCAACAGAACCGCUUUGUCGACGAAAACGACUACCGAUUGGGUGACCCCAUGGCUGAGAAGCACUUCGGCUUCCUAUUGGAGCACUCAUUCAACAUAAGAAACCCACUGCUCUUCAAGAACUAUGUCUUCUAUAUCACCAACGGAUGUAUUCCGUCGCCUAAAGUAAUCAAAGAGAUUAUAGAGAAUACGGGCGGACAGGCCGUCACCACGAAAAGGCCGACCCGACGCCAGUUGAUGCUUAUGCGCGAGAAUGGACUCAAGUUUUACGUCAUUAGCUGCGAAAACGAUCUUCAUUUGUGUGACCUAUUCUUCGCCCGUAAAAUCGGUUAG